AUGCCCGGUACUAAGCUAUCCGAAACUAUUCGUGAGUAUGAGACCACGAGAUAUGAUGAGUUGUUACGCGCGACAUGUCGUCCGAUUGGAGAGGUCGAAACUGCAGAUCUUUCAAUGUGUCCGGAUAUGAUCCUCACCAGUCUUGCUCAGCUAGCCACAUGCCGGACCACAACCGAACGCUCGCUGAUAUCUCUGUUUGACGAGUCAAAGCAGUACAUCGUUGCUGAGGCCACUCCUACGACGUCUUUGAUACCCAGCACAAGGACCAGUGGUGAUGAUGCGUUUUGGCUCUGCGGUACACAUAUUGCGCGUAACGAUGGGGUCUGUGACUACACCUUACGCGCCAUCGAGGACACGUUACAGGAAGAAGGCUCUGACGAGUUGCCCAUCGUUGUCGUCCAAGAUCUAGUCACAGACCCGCGAUUUGAAUCAAGUCCGUACUGCCAGCCCGGAAGUCUUGCUAGGUUCUACGCGGCUGUGCCUAUUCGAUCUCCUCGUGGUAUCAAUAUUGGCGUUUUAUGCGUGAUUAAUUCGACUCCAGGCGCCGACUGGCACGAGGAGCAAUCAAAUGUCUUGCGUGGUUUGGCGCAAACCGUCAUGGACCAUCUUGAAGGUAACCGGGUGAAGAGUGUGUUGAAGCGUAACGUGCAGAUGAGUGUUGGGCUACGCAAGUUUUCGGAUGGACGGUUACUAUCUUCCAAGACAAAGCCUAAUACAGUUGAGAAGUCAGAGAGGAUUAAGAACCCGGAACUUAGGGAUACAGCGCCCUCGAGCGAAAACACGAGCAGUCUUGACUCUAACCACACCGGAGUAAAUUCUCAUGAACUCGCAUCCGCCACAAAUACUUCCCGCUUGAGUACUUUGGACAUCAAUCGCCAUGAGCCUACACCCACGAACCCUUUCAUUGAAGCAGCCGAUAUUAUCAAGGAAGCCUUUCAUGUUGAUGACUGCGUUUUCUUCAGCGGCGAUUCUCACGAUCUGCAUGUCAUGCACUCACCUGAAACCGAAAGUGGAAGCAACGUGUCGCAUGGAAGAUCACGCAAUACGAGCGUGUACAGCGGUGAAGGUAGUAGAAACGAUGGUCCGUCUGCUCAAUCGCUGUUACCCUGCCAGACACUUGGCUCGUCUGCCCAGCAUAACUCUGCUGAACACGGUGACCUUUCACAGCUACUUCUAUCUCAGAUGCUGAAGGAGUAUCCUGAAGGUUGCAUUUUUGAUUCUUUGUCCAAUCAUGUUACCAAGCUCGAUGGUGGCAGCGAUACCCAAAGACAAGGUCCUUCUGCUACCACGGCAUUGGGUGAUGAUGCUCACAUCGAAGGCGUUACGGACUUUGGUGGACAGAAUACAGACAUGACGAACGACUACAUUCAUGACGAAAAGGACAUAUUUAACGUCUUCCCAAGUGCAAGAACCGUCGCCUUCAUUCCUAUAUGGGAUCCUCAAACAGGGGCGUGGUCCAUUGGCGGCUUCAUAUGCUCUAACACGCCUCGUUACGUAUUCGACGCGAACAGCGAAAUGCCUUUUUUACGAGCCAUUGGAUCACUCGCAGCGUCAGAAGCUCUACGCCUAGAAACACUAGCGGCUAACAAGUCCAAAUCAGAUGUUCUUGGCUCGAUAUCCCAUGAGUUGCGGUCUCCACUUCACGGAAUCACAUUGGGCAUGGAGUUAUUGAAUGAUUCUGGUCUGGGACCCGCGCAACAGAAUUUAGCUCACAUGAUCGAAACGUGUUGUCGUACUCUAUCGGACACAACAGAGCAUCUGCUGGAUUAUUCUAAAGUAAACAAGGUUGCACGGCCUCAAAAGCUACUUAAUGGAUCUCAAGGAGACUCGGGUCCGAAUACGAUGGCCGCAGAUCCAUUAACACGAGCUGUCCAUCUUGAUCUGCUUUUGGAAGAUGUGAUGGAAAGUGUUUACGCCGGCCACAAUUACCAACAGCUAUCAAUAGCGCAGAUGUUCAGCCACUCCAAGGUUCGAAGUCAUGCUGAUACCCGAGCUAUCCGACAACUAGACUCUAUACAGGCUGCGGAGGAACUCAACCCCACAGGUAGCAAUGCUAAUCAACAACAACUACAAAACAAGGAUCUAUCUGUCUUUUUGAUUUACGACCCGGCGUAUUCAUGGAAUUUCAGAACGCUUCCCGGGGCUAUUCUCCGCAUCGUUAUGAAUUUAUUCGGAAAUUCCCUCAGGUAUACAACAAAAGGUCUCAUCAAGAUUACAAUGACCCAGGAUCAACCACAAGAUGACAGCAAGGAACGCACGGUCACAUUGGUUAUCGAAGAUACAGGAAAAGGUAUCAGCGAAGAAUUUCUCCGGAAUACCAUCUUCAAACCCUUUUCGCAAGAGAAUCAACUGGCGACUGGCACAGGCCUGGGGCUGAGCUUUGUGCAGAGAGUUGUAGCUCAGCUUGGUGGCAGCAUCUCCAUCACAAGUCAGAUCAACUUCGGCACCAAGGUCACCGUGACAUUGCCUAUGACUCUGGAGAGUGUUUCUAUAACCCGGGACCCAUUAGCGGACCAGCCCGUCAGGAUACAGUCACCAAUCCGCGGCUUACGCGUCCAAGUGAUCGACUCAGUUGAGGGUAUUGAUAACCCUCCACAGCAACGCCGUACGGCAGAUUCUGUGAUGGAUAUGCUGUGUAGCGACCAUCUUGGGCUGAAGCUCUGCUCCAAAAAAGACUCGGAACAACUAGCGCCUGAUGUUAUUAUGACGAACCCUGCAGUAUACGAUGCAUCCAAGUCAAAUCGAUCAUGGAGAGAGCUGCCUGUUCUUGUGGUUUGUCCUAAUGCUCUAGUUGUACACAAUUAUGAGUCGGCCCCUACACCUGCCGGCAAUACAAAGUUCCACGGAUUUGUUUCUCAACCUAUAAGCCCAUUUAAGCUCGAAAGGGCUAUAUCCAGAGUCAUGAACCUCUGGGGGGAAUCGCAAGAAAGUCCACAAGAUCAGCAAACGCCACCCAGCCCCUCUGGGACCACGUCACCGGGCCCCACAAUGACUCCCGAUACAUCAGUUAUAGGUAGUCCGUUUGGAAACGCAACUCCGGCCGAGGGUUACUUCCAGAUACCCCAGUUUCUACUAGUAGAGGACAAUCCCAUCAACCUUAAGAUCCUUACAUGUUUUAUGAAGAAACUCAAACAACAAUACGAGACGGCAACGAACGGCGAGGAAGCUGUUGCCGCUUAUAAAGAGAACCCAGGGCGGUUCUUGUAUAUCCUGAUGGAUAUUUCGAUGCCUGUCAUGGAUGGUCUAGAAGCAACAAGACAAAUACGCGCGUUUGAGAGCUACCAUGGUAUUCCGGCGAGUGUGGUGCUGGCCAUCACCGGGCUGGGAUCCGAGAGCACGCGAGAAGAAGCUACUCGGAGUGGUGUAGAUUUCUUUAUCACUAAGCCUGCCAAGCUCAAGGAGUUAGAAGCAGUCCUCAAAAGUCAGGGGUUUGUAGUGUAA